AUGGGGUUUCUGGGUUUUGUGUGCUUGCAGGGUUGGGUUCGGAAUAGGAGAGAUGGGUCUGUGGCGGCUCUUUUUUCUGGGAACCCUGACUCGGUCAAAGAGAUGGAACAGAGGUGUCGCCGGGGUGCUUCACAUCUGGAUCAUUUGUGUGCAACAUCUACUCUUCCUCUAGCUUCUCCUAUUUCUAUUCUCAAUUACCAGUUUGGCUUUGAACUCAGGGAAAGACGGAUUCUGAGGCUAAAGCUGCAGCAGGGGUAUAGACAAUGCUGGUGCUGUAACCAAUCUGGUGACUGCUCGAUAAAGGGAGGGGCUCGGGCAGGGAGGGGAUCAGCAGGGAAGGUGGCUGAGCUGGGCUCGGGGCUGGCUGGAGGUCGAAGGCGCAGGGAGGGGUUUAGGUUGGGCUGGGCUGGGCUUGGCUUGGGUCGACGGUGCAGGGAGGGGCUCGGCAGGGACGGUGGCUGGGCUGGGCUCAGGGCUGGCUGGUGGGGUUCUCAACUUCACGGCGGCGACACUAUAGCUCACGGCGGCAGCAAGUAUUUAUUUUAUUUCUUGAUUUUUUUAUGUUAAAAUAUGUUUCAUUUGAUUGUGUUGGAUAUGUUCAGAUCUGAUUUUGAGCCUAGACUAAUAAUGAAUAUCAUCUUUAGUGUAUUUUGCUUAUGCUUUAAUGGCUUUAUACUUGUGUUUCACUA